UCGUGAUGAUCGCACUUGUUCGCUGUGCAUGUCGGAAGAACUUCAAGAUCUGAAUAAAAAAAAGAGUAUAUGUAUAUAUUUACAUAUAUUUGAAGUGCAAACGAAAAAAAGUAAAUAAGGAAAGUGCCAGUGCUGAACUAAGCUAAUAAGAAAGAAAGAUAAACCGAAAUAAGCUCUACUCAAAAUAUAUGAAAGGCAAAUGUGUUUUGACAAAUUUUUGACCAACUCAACGAAUUAAUUUAAACGUUUACGAUUCGGUUUCGUACGCCGCAGACACCACUUGGAUUACGGGUUUCCGGUUGCGCGUCUCGCUGAACUUACUGCAAGCAAAAAGUUUACGAACAAACGAAAACAGAAAAAUUGAAAAACGCAAAAUGGUGUAGUGGCACAAAAUUGGUACUAAAAAAAUUUAAAACAGCAAUAAACGCAUAAAUUAAAAAAAAAUGCGCAAAUUAAAGAAAUAACAUUUUGGAAGAUCAGCAACACCUUGAAGCGUGUGCGAUUUCGCUAGUGAGUGAGUGUGCUUGUGUUUUAUGCAAUUGUGCAAAAUAUCAAAAAAGCACAAAUCGGCGUAUUUAUUGAAAAGUUAAAAAAAAAUUUACCACUGAAACGACCAAACUAAAAUUCCAAAACCAACAAAAAAAAACACCACGCAAUGUCAACGAAAAUGACGCUAAUCUCCAAGACGAUCCUCUCCGUCCUCAUAUUCGUCAUAAUACCUGUGCUCGGCGCGGCGCUUAGCAAAACAGUACUCUAUCAGGCGCCCGACGAGUGCCGCUGGUCCGGCACCAGCGAGGUGGACAUCACGCUCGUCUGUCACCUGCGCACCAUCAACUCCGAGCUGGAGAACACCAACUUCAGCGUCAUACAGCCGCAGAAUACGAUACGCUUGCGGCUAGAGUGCAACGAUGCACUGUUCUUCCAGAGCAGCCUCAGCCCGGACUCGUUCCGCUCGUUGGUGGAGCUGCGCGCACUCACCAUCGAAUACUGUAAGCUAGGCAACAUCACAGAGGGCUCGUUCCGUGGUCUGCAGGAUUUGCGUAAUCUAACGAUACGCACGCACAACGGUGACUGGUCCACCAUGUCGCUGGACAUUGCCAGCAGCAGCUUUAGUGAAUUUCGUCAACUAGAUCGCUUAGAUUUGAGCUUAAAUAAUAUUUGGCUCAUACCAGAUGGCAUGGUGUGUCCACUGAAGGUGCUGACGCAUCUGAAUAUCUCACACAACGAGAUACAGGAUAUUGGAAAUUUUCAUUUUAGUGCCUCGCUUAGUACGCGCAAGUCGCGCAUAUGCGGCUCAUCGCUGACACAUCUCGAUCUGAGCGCCAAUAAGAUUGCCAACCUGCCAUCGGCGAUCUUUUCUGGCUUGGGUCGGUUGAGCAACCUGAAUUUGGCGCGCAACAGCAUGAAUUUUAUUGCAGAUCGCGCAUUCGAGGGACUGGUAUCACUUUCCGUUGUUGACCUCUCCGGCAAUCGUUUGACUUCACUGCCACCUGAGCUCUUCGCCGAAGCCAAGUAUGUGAAGGAGAUCUAUCUGAAGAAUAACAGUAUUAAUGUGCUUGCGCCAGGUUUAUUUAGCGAUCUUGCCGAUUUGCUGGUGUUGGAUAUGUCGGCGAACGAGCUGAAUUCACAGUGGGUAAACGCUGCCACCUUUGUCGGCUUGAAGCGGUUGGUGCUGCUUGAUUUGUCUGCAAAUAAGAUAAGCAAACUGGAAGCCAGCAUUUUCCGUUCACUUAGUUCGCUACAGAUACUCAAGUUAGAGGAGAACUACAUUGAUCACAUACCGGACGGUGCAUUCGCCGAUCUGGCCAACUUACACACGCUAAUUCUUUCGAACAAUCGCAUUUCCACUAUCGGCCCGCACACGCUGCGUGGCCUCUACGGCAUACUUGUGCUCAGUCUCGACUACAAUCGCAUCGCCAAGAUAGACACGCAAGCGCUGCGCAAUUGCUCUAGCAUACAGGAUUUGCAUUUGAAUGGCAAUAAGCUGCAGACCAUACCGGACGCACUUAGCGCUGUGCCGCUCCUGAAGACAUUGGACAUUGGCGAGAAUUUAAUUACGAACAUUGAAAAUACCAGCGUUUCGGCGAUGAGCAACUUGUACGGCUUGCGACUGACCGAAAAUGCCAUUGAGUACAUACGGCGCGGCGUGUUCGAUCGCAUGACAUCGCUGCAGAUACUGAAUUUGUCCGGCAACAAAAUCAAAAGCAUCGAAGGCGGUGCACUGCAUCGCAACACACAGCUGCAGGCCAUACGGCUGGAUGGCAACCAUCUGAAAAGCAUCGAUGGCUUGUUCACUGAGUUGCCAAAUUUGGUGUGGCUUAACAUUUCGGAUAAUCGUCUGGAGAAGUUCGACUACUCGCACAUACCGACCGGUUUACAAUGGCUGGAUGUGCGUGCCAACCGCAUCACGCAGCUAGGAAACUACUUCGAAAUCGAAAAUGAACUGAGCCUGAGCACCUUUGAUGCCAGUUCGAAUAUGCUUAGUGAGAUCACAGCCAGCUCAAUACCGAAUAGCGUGGAAGUGUUGUACUUGAACGAUAACAUGAUCAGCAAAAUACAACCGUACACGUUCUUCAAGAAACCCAAUCUGACGCGCGUCGACCUCAUACGCAAUCGGCUCACGACGCUGGAGCCAAAUGCUCUGCGGCUCUCGCCCAUACCCGACGACAAGGACAUACCCGAGUUCUACAUUGGCCACAAUCCAUUCCAGUGUGACUGCAAUCUAGAUUGGCUGCAGAAGGUCAACACCGAGUCACGCACGCAACCGCAACUCAUGGAUCUCGAUCAGAUCUACUGCAAGUUGUCGUAUGCGCGCGGUAAGACGCACGUGCCGCUCAUCGAGGCCAAGUCAAAUGAGUUCCUCUGCAAAUACGAGGCGCACUGUUUUGCGCUAUGCCACUGUUGUGACUUCUAUGCAUGCGACUGCAAAAUGGAGUGCCCGGAUCGCUGCGCUUGCUACCACGACCAAUCGUGGACAUCGAAUGUCGUCGACUGCUCGCGUUCCGCCUACGACCGCACACUGCCAUCGCAUAUACCAAUGGAUGCGACACAGCUCUACUUGGACGGCAACAACUUCCGCGAACUCUCAAGCCACGCAUUUAUUGGACGCAAACGGCUUAAGGUGCUGCAUCUAAAUCACUCGCGUAUCGAAAUUGUGCACAAUCGCACCUUCUACGGCUUGCUAGAACUCGAAGUGCUGCAGUUGAACCACAAUAACCUGCGCCAGCUGAAUGGUAAUGAGUUCCAAGGACUGGAUAAUUUGCAGGAAUUGUACUUACAGCACAAUGCCAUAGCCAGCAUUGACACGCUCACCUUCACCCACCUCUAUCACCUGAAGAUUUUGCGUCUCGAUCACAGCAUCACAGAGUUUGCCGUUUGGAAUUUUCUGCCUUCCUAUCUGAAUGAGCUGCGCCUAGCUGGUAAUCCUUGGUCUUAUUGUGACUUUAUCGACAAGCUGCGAGAUUACGUUAACCGACACGAGGCAGUGCAGGAUAAGGUGAAGCUGCGUUGCUCACUACUUGCUGGCAAUAAUGGUACUUUGGCUGGCAGUAAUAACAGCGCUCUGCUGGCAGCACCUGGCCCCGAGCAGCUAGCAUCUAUCUCAGCGGCGAUCCAGCUGCUGGAUGCACAAACCCACUUCGUCGCUUGUAAUGGUGGCCUGCAGGCACCACAGCAGCAAUCGCCGCUCGGCGCUGGACAGUACAACGGUGGCAUCGGUCAUGGCGCAGACCCCAACGACAGUAUCAUCAACGGCAACAUGACAUCCACGAAAAUGAUACUCUCGCAGCCGCCUAUGCACGAGUGUCCCAUACUUGUAGCCAUACUGACCAGCUUUGUCUUCGUGAUCAUUUGCACGCUGCUCGUGUUCAUCUUUCGCCAAGAAAUGCGCGUCUGGUGUCACUCACGCUUCGGCAUACGGCUCUUCUGCAAUGCCAAUCGCGAUAUCGAUAAGAACGAACGGGAAAAACUCUUUGACGCCUUCAUCUCGUACAGCUCCAAAGACGAGGCAUUUGUUUGUGAAGAUCUUGCGCCCAUGCUAGAACAGGGCGACACGCGUUACAAGCUAUGUCUACAUCAUCGCGACUUUCCGGUGGGCGGCUACAUGGCCGAUGCCAUCGUACAAGCAAUAGACACCUCACGACGUACCAUUAUGGUGCUUUCCGAGAAUUUCAUCAAGUCAGAGUGGUGCCGUUUCGAGUUCAAAUCGGCGCAUCAGUCUGUGCUGCGUGAUCGACGGCGACGUCUCAUCCUAAUCGUGCUUGGCGAAGUGCCACAAAAGGACAUCGAUCCUGAGCUGCGUCUCUAUCUGAAAACCAAUACAUACCUACAGUGGGGCGACAAACUGAUUCUGGGAAAACUGCCGUUUCGCGCUGCCCGAUGUCCCAACAAUCAACGGCGCAUGCGCAACGCAGGUGGCGGUGUCGCUGGCUGCACCGGCGUAGGCGUACAUAUGCCCAUCGCCCAGCUGCCACCCACACAUCAUCACCAUCAGCAUCAUAUGCUCUCGGCAGGCGGCAGUAGUGGCGUUGGCAGCAACAUUGGCGCCGGCAGCCAUCACCUGCAUCACAUGCACCCGCAAGCGGCGCUGCAACACCAUCAGCUGCAGCACGCCAGCUUUCGCUCACAAAUGCAUCACAACAUCAACGGCAGCCGGCAGAAUCACAAUCGAAACAACUCGGCUGCCGCGGCGGCACAACAACAACAUCAACAGCAGCAAACGGCAAUGCUAAUGGGUGCGCCAGGACAGUGCGCGCAAUUGCCACCGCAGACGCAGCAGCUACUGCCCACAGCGACGGGAGUGGGCGCGCAACCCAGUAGCAUACAACAGCAACAGCUGCCGCCACCGCCGUGCCCCAGUCCGCGCAGCAUUACGACGCAGUCAUCGGCGACGGGCGGUAGCUCACAGAGUUCCGGUCGUACAAUGGGCGUGCACAUCUAAGAUGGGCCACAGCAAAGGGAUGCGGUCUACC